CUUCCUCCUUUUGUGAAAGGAGAAAAUUCUUCAUGUCUUGGCGUGAGCUCCUUCCCCCCUGGCUGGUGAUCGUGGCGGGACUGACGGGCAUCGUGCUGCUCUGUGUCUCCACCAAAGAUGUGCCCGUGGCCCCGCUCAGGACCAAGUAUGGCAUUGUUCUGGAUGCUGGCCCAUCCCGCACCAUCCUGUUCAUCUACCAGUGGACAACCACCAAUGCAAGCAAGACCGGGGUGAUCAGAGGAUGCAGUUCCUGUCCUGUACAAGGUCCAGGAGUCUCCAGCUACUCAGAUUCUCCUCAGAAAGCUGGGAAGAGCUUGGAACCAUGUUUGAACUGGGCCCAGAAUGAGAUCCCAGCAGAGCAGCACAGCCAAACCCCCCUGUACUUGGGAGCCACCGCCAGCAUGAGGCAGCUGAACUUCACACAUCCCAUCCUCUCUGACAGUCUCCUCGCAGCUCUGACUGGCACCCUGAAGUCAUCCCCCUUCAAUUUUCAAGGGGCACAAAUCCUGUCCAGCCCAGAGGAAGAAGCAUUCAAUUGGGUUGCUGUUAACUAUGUGCUGGAGAACUUCUUCAAGUAUGACUGGCAAGGACAGUUGGUCUCCUCCAGGAAGGGGAUGGCAGGAGUCCUGUCUGUGGGAGGAAGCUCAGCACAGCUCACUUCCGAGCUGGAAGAAGAGAAGCAAGCCCCAAAGGAGGGAGUGAGGCUGCAGCUCUAUGGGCAGACACACAGGGUGCACACCCGCCAGUGCCCCUGCCACGGCACGGAGCAGCUCCGCAGCAGGCUGCUGUCUGUGCUCAUCCAGGAUCAGAGAAGUGCUAAAACCGUGUCCAAUCCCUGCUGGCCCCUCACCUACUCUAAGGAAGUGCAGUGGCAAUCAGUGCAUGCUGGGCCUUGUGCUGCCAGUGAUGACACACAGGACAUCCCUGUCCCCAAGGAGGUCUUCAACAUCACAGGCUCCAGCAGUCCCACAGCCUGCAUGAACCUUGUACAAAGCCUGCUCAACUCUUCCCCUUCCUGCAGCUUCUUCAAGUAUUCCUUCAGCAGUGAUCUCAAGCCCCUUCAGCCCAGGUUUCUGGUGGUUUCUGAGGCCAUGGACUUCAUGAGAAGAACUGUACCUUCUCCUGACUUGGGUCAGGCAGUCAAGAGGCUGUGUGGGAUGUCUGUCCAAGAGCUGAUUAGGGAGUCCCAAGCAAGCCUGGACACACUUGUUGAUUACUGCACUGUGUCUGCCUUGAUCUUCCAUCUCAGUACAAGAGGACACACACUUGACUUUGACCGGCCUGCUUGGACUGCAUUCCAGAAGAUGGGUGAUAGAUCAUCUGGCUGGACUCUUGGGUACCUGCUGAGUCUGACCAGCACCAUGCCCCAGGGCAGCCCAAGCUUCCUCAAGGGGAUCGAGCCGGGGGUCUGGUCCUUGCUCCUGAUCCUCUUCGUGGUGCUGCUCAUGGGCUCUUUCAUGCGCAUCUCGUACCGAGUGAUGGUCAAGGAGAGCAGCUCCAGCCACAGGAACAGCAGUGUUUUUGAUGACUGACACUUUUCUGCAACUCAGGACUCUUGUCAGAGCACAGUUAACAGGGUCCACACAGAAAUCACAGAGGUAUAAGUCACUGGAGGAUGCAAGUGAUUUUCCUGCAGGGCUCCAGCAACUUGCUGGUACUUGCACUAUUGGACUUUGAGACAAUGGAUCCUGCUCCACAGGAAGUCUGUGAUUCCUGGUGGAUGGCAAGCUAUUCAUUCUCCAAAUAAGAACAGCCUGCAUGGCUCUUCCUUGGGCUACAGCUGGGAUUACUCAUGUCAGACAUGAAGUGAUGCCUCUGAGCAGGCAGUCUCUAAGCUAAUGUGAAGUUAGUAUUGUAUAAUCCUGUCAAAUCAGAAGAGGUGGUAUCUGAAAAAAAGUCUCUGUCCUCUUCUGUGGCCUCUCGAGAGAUGAUGCCUGCAGUAUUGCCAUUAGUGAAGAUUGGAAGGGCAUUAAAAUACAGUCAGAAUGUAAGAGCCAACUCCUUCCAUGUUCUAGGGAAAAUGCAGGUAUUUUCUGCCUGAUGUGUCUGUGCUUCCAUCUCAGUGAUGAUGGCCACGUGUCCCUUCCAAUGAAUGCUCCUGCUGACCAGGAAUCCUUCAAAACCAAUCCCUCUUAGUCUUGGCCUCUACAAAAUGUGCAGAGGAUCAAAGGAGAAACAAGGGGCACAGACACACAGCUGAGUUUUUGCCUCUCAUCUGAGUUACAGCCACACAGGGUUAAAACUGCCAAUUUAAACUCUUUAGCAAGGACUCAAAUUAACACAUUUAAUUUCACAUUUGCUAAAGCUGGACUUAUGCUGGGCUGAGGUUCACCUGUUUGUUCAUUUGCACUGACCUGCUUCUCUUGCUGAUUCUGGAAGUGUCUCAGCUGACACUGUCCUUUAGACCAGAGUAGGCUGAGGAACAGAAGCUUUCCUAAUUGUCACUUUCAUAUUAGACCAUGACCAGAGUUACUUUAUGAUCUAAUAAUCAGGAUUUCUCUGGGAUCUGGCAGUCAUUCCAGCUCCUCUGGUCUGCUCUGCACGUCUGAAAGAUGAGUGCUGUACAAACUGUGUGUUACUGCUAAGAAAAGGGAUCAACUCACAAACACUGUCCUUUGACUAAGGCAUUUAGAGCUCACUUCUUAACUGCUGCAGAGACUUAAAACACACAGACUGUUAAGAGCCUCAGGGAUGAGUGUCUCCAAGGCUUCUUGGACCACUUUAAACAGAAAUGUAAAUGCUCACAGAUACAGUGAUGUGCCUUGCAGGGUUUUUAAAGCUACCAUGGCACCUAAAUCCUUUCAAAUCUGAUUAUUCGUCCCUUGUGCUUCUAACUGAUAAUAUAGGACACACACACCCCAUAAUAUAGGGGUAUUCAUGCAUUUUCAGGCCAAUUAAUGAAGGUUUGGAACCUGCCAUUCAAGUUUAGAGGGGUGUGGAAACAGAC